AUGAACCCUCUGCCUUUUCACAAGGGCAGGGGGCAAGUGUGACAGCCUUCUGUAUCCCAAGCUCUUGCCCAGUGUCCCAGAAGAAUCGGAUCUCAUGCGGCCUCAAAGGAUGAGUGCAAGGUCCACGGCAUCCAAUUCAUGGAGUUCUCGGAAGUGGAGAACCAGGAUGACUACUACAGCACAGAAGCUGGCUGUAUCCACACCCAGGACCAGCAAGGGGUGCAUGUCAUGUAUGAGGAAGCCUUGAGUGAUCUCAAGGAACUAGAGGCAGAGUUGCUGCUUGUGGCUAGCCAUUACAUUGAGAAAGAAAGGGGUCACAAAGUGGGCAGCCAGCCAAAGAGUGGCCAGGACUGGGGAUGGGCCCAUGCAGGUGUGGACAGAUUUGCUGUGCUGUAUGACACAUGGACUUGGGAAGCAGCUCUUCUGGAAAACAAGCGCCAGCUUCUUGACAGUUACUUUGAAGCCUACCAGCACACGUUGGACCCUGAGGAGAGGUUGGCCUUAGCACAAGUGAUGACGGACAUUGUGCACCGGCGCCCAAGGUUUGAUCUCAGCCACCCCUAUUUCAUUAAGGCCUCACAGGAAUGUACCUGCCUGAGGCUUCACCUGCAGUUAGUGAGGGGCAUCCUCACCCAGCAGAUAGAAUGUCAGCGGGAGUAUGUCCAGAGGAUUUGGCGAGAGGAUCAUCUGGACAAUAGCAAUACAUUUGGACUUCCCCUUAAUAUAGUUUGCAAACAACUUAUUUCCAUCAACAAUAGCUGCCCGGCUUCAAAAAAUGUUUAUCUGCUGGAGUUCCACCCUUCCCUCAGCCUGGUAGCACUUAUCCCCAAAGCCCUAGAGCAUCUCUUCCAAGACGCCUGCCAUGCCUGCAGACCCACAUCAGCCAGUGGCCUCGCCUCCCUGGAGCGACAUGUCCUGCAGCUGGCCCUGGGCCUGUGGCUCACCCCAGCCACGCCUAAGGCCUGCUACAGUGCACAGCUCCAGAAAGAUCUUCUCAGUGCUAAAGUUAUGGGAGAUCCCUUUCUCGUGGGGGAGAUAGGCCUGCUGGCAUUUAAGUCUGCAGCAGACGAAGGACAGAAACAAGGCCAAGACUCUCAUGUGCUACUCUUGGAGAUGUUUUCCAAACUUCUGGAACUCUUGACCCUCUGCCACCGGCUGAUAGAAAUGAGCCUGGAGAGUGCACACUUAGCUCGGCUCUAUAAAGAAUUGGCAUGGGAGAUGGGUUUUGAAGAGUUCCAUUUGUAUCUGAGGCCUGUUCACUUUGAAUUUGCAUCACACAGGAACAGGGCAGACCAGCCACCUCCUGUCUUUAUAACCUCUCUGCUGGAGGACAGUGGUCUGGUAGACAGAUAUUCUCCUACUGCUCUUGUCUUAGCCAUCUCUGAGGUGGAUGAUAACCAAAUUGGUAAAUUUAGUUUUUACACAAAGGAAACCAUUCUUAAGCUCUUGUUGCAUUCAGGAGUGGAAAAUAUGCAGGUGACUCUUGCUUGCCAAGCUGCUCAGAAAAAUGCUUUGAUGGUGGCUGUCCAGCAGGUGUACUUCUAUCACACCCCGCAAGGGAGCUGCCCUGCUAAUGUCAAGGUCAGCCUGCAUGACAGAGAAGCCAGAGGCAUGUCAUCACUCCCACCAGCUAAUGUCAGGCUGCCCCUUUCUUCCUUCCUUUUUUCCCUUCUCUCUUUCUCCCUUGCCCCCUACUUUCUCUUUCCUAUCUCUUUAUCUUCCUUACUUUCCUUUUUUCCUCCUUUCCUUGUUUCCUGUUUGUGA